AAAUGCCCUAUCGUCUAGCUUUCAUCUUUCACAACUUCUUAAAUCUGAAGAAAAGCAAACGCUUACGGUAGAAAUGGAGCAUGAAGUAAAGAUGCUGUUAUAAAAAAUGUUAACGCUCGAGAAAGGAUGAGAAAGACAACAAUUUACAUCGCCGAACGAUACCACCUCGCAAAUCCGAGCCGCUUCGCUGUAUGCUCUCGUCUUCGAUUGGUGACAACGAUUGUCACACUUUUUGUUUACCUACUUUCCCGUCGGACUCUGCUUGUGUACGACGUAUGGGCCACUUUUUCAACAACACAUGAGGCAGAACUUUUCUUGCCUGCGAUGGCUCCCGCCACAUCGCGCAAUCCCGACAGCGAGAAACGCAAUCAAAGCCAAAUUGAAAUCUUGCUGGACAGUUCAAACCUGACGGUGCAGGAAAUGUCAAUUGAUAUCAACGCAAAUGGAAAGCUCAUCAAAUUCGCCCCGUCCUCCUCGAAACAAUUCGGCGUACCACCGCAAGAUGCCUUUUCUGCUUGUCUCCUUGUCAUGGACGAAAAUUUCCGGCUUUCCGAAUGGAUUGCGUAUCACUUUUUCACUCUACCGCUACGAACGCUUGUGGUAUUGGUAGAUCCAAGGAGCCGUACCUCACCAAAACUUAUUCUUGAUCAAUGGAGAGAGUACAUGGAUAUUGUUGAGUGGACAGAUGGAGACAUUCUAUUUAAUUACAAUUCUAGCCUGCUGAAAGGGACGACGCGAGAAAAGACGAAAUUGCAUCGCACGCGACAGAAACUGUUUUACGGUAGCUGCACGAGGUAUCUUAAAGCCACAAAUCGAUCGUGGACCACCUAUUUUGACGUGGAUGAGUAUUUAGCGAUCAACGAAGCUGACACGUUUGAUAGUUCUGAGCGGAUUGGUCAGUCAGGAAGCAUCAUCCGCCUCUUGCGGGAAACAAAGGCGAAACCACGUGAACGACUAUAUCAUGGACCCUGUAUAACUCUCCCGCGUCGAUAUUUUUCGGGGUCUAAGGAAAGCACUGUUGAUAUGGUAUUUAACCGUGUUCCAGAUUUUCUAAACGCCAGUCGAUUCGAAACGUUACGUUGGAGAUAUCGUAGUGACAAUACAGUUACUGAAAACGGCGCAUCCAAGGCAAUCAUGGAUGUCUCGCAAAUUGCUUGGAAAGAACUGAGGCGCCAAAGGCUAGAAGUUCACCGGCCAAUCAAGUCCUGCCCUCCCAAUCACGUCCGAAGUGGACCUUUCUCUAUCCACCACUAUCUAGGGACUUGGGAAGCCUAUUCACACCGAAACGAUGCCAGGGACGGCCAUCACCGUAACCGUACACAAUGGGAGCUUCGCUCCGAUCAAACGAGCGGUGGGUCCACAGAUCAAAUUCGUCCGUGGAUUGCAGGCUUUGUCCAGCAAGUCGGAAAGCAACGUGCUGCAUAUCUUUUGGAAGACGUUGGAAUUUAUCAAGAUAGAGUCUCCGAUGACGGCAAUGUGAAAUAACGCGCAACAAUUUGUAAAAGGCGUUCACUUGAACGUCGGCAAAAGCGCCUGAAGCGCAUCUUAAGGCUAGUAGAGAUCAAAGUGUUCCAUGAAGGAACGUAAAUUACUUGCGUAACUGUGAGUCAAGGGUU